AGGCUCCAAAGGCUAUUUCCAUUAAAAAUAAUAGAAAUGUCCCAUAUACAGUUCCAAAACCAGCGGAACAAUCUAAUUCGAUGGAAAAUAUUCAAAAACCUUUGACUUCAUCCAGAAAAUUUAAUCGAGCUACAUCGACUAAACAAUUGCAUUCAUCAAGAGAGAGCUUUCAAUCUAUUGCUCAGAAGCAAGCCGAUGCCGAGUUCAUGCAUGCUGAGUGUGCUACAAUACAAGCGGAAGUAUGCAGAAUGAAUGCGCUUGCGAUGACGAAAAUUGCAGAUGCUAUAGAAAAGAUGGCAGAUACUGCUGCUAUACAGGCUGUUAAUGACAGCAAGCGGAUCAAGAUUUUUGAAAAAUUUAUGAAAAUAUUUGAAAAUCUGUUACCUACUUACAUGAAGGAAUAAUCUCUGUGAUGCAUAUCUGUUGCCUAUUCAUACGAGUAUUAUGGUUUGUUCCGUUUCUUGCAUAUGCGCGCAUUUAUCUAUAGUACACGUUACGUUUAUUAUAUAUUAUACGCGAAUAUGCGAGAAACGGAAUAAAUAAUCGCUGUGAUACAUAGUUCAUUUUUUUGUUUUAAUUUUUUUCCAAAUGUGAGUCAUUAUAUUAAAUGUAUUUUUAUAACUUACUAUAUAGUAUAACUAAAAUAAGGUAUUAAACUUCGAGCCCAAGCUUUUCGCACUGAAACACGAAAAAAAGUUCAUAUGAUCUUGUGUUCGCAAACUUACUUUACCUUAAUUUAAUUAUACAUAUAAUAUAUGUAAAAGACUGAAGAUGUUUAUUACCAAAAAAUAUGUAACAUAAUAUAUUUUACAGUAGAUUUUGUGACUUGUAUUUAAAUAUAGAUUUAUUGAUUGCAUGUUAAAUAUUUUGUUACAUAUUUUGAGUGGAUGUAUAUUAUUUUGUUUUUUUUUUCUUUAAUUAUUGUUCAAACGUGAAGUUUAUUAUUGAUUGUAUGCUAAAUAUUCUUUUAUAUAUUUUAAAGUACAGUUGUUUUAAUUAUAUUUAAACGUGCAAGCGUUUAUUAGUCAAUGUAUGCUAAAUAUUUUUGUCAACUGGUUGAAGAUAUUCAGCAAUAAUUUACUUAUUUUAUUACAAAAUAAAUUUAAAUAAAUAACUCGUACUCAAAA